GAGCGCGCGUCUACGCCGAGAACGAGCGCGAGUGGUGCGAACGCGUUCGUGGUGCGCGAGCUGUGCGCGAGAGAGCGAGAUCGAUUUCAGCGGCUAUCAAUCCAUAAACACAGUGCUCUGACGCAGCGACCUGCGAAUGUUGCGGCGAUUUUUCGACGUCGAGAGGUCGACGGUUUGGUGGUUUCGUGGGAAAGUGCGCGCAUCGGCGGCGAGCGCAUCAUCGCUCGCACGACGUGACGUUCCUCUCUCAGCCUUCGGGCAGCAUUCCCCCGCAGGAUUUAUCCUGACGCGGAUAGCGCGCGGAAAACGCGGAACACGUCGCCAAGUGAUCACGUUGUGUGGACUUCGCUAUGUGGAUGUUAUGCGCGUGCUGGAGGAGGCGUCUUCCUUCGCGUAAACGUUUCGGGAUCUGUGGGAUCUGUGGGAUGAAUGCAAAAUGACGCCAUGGCUGAUGGCAUUCUUCUGUCUGGUGACUGCCGGCUGCACGAACGUCACGGACCAGCAAACAUCGGAAACGCAUCGCGAUCAUCAAGUGGCGAUCUUGAAACAGAUCAGAAAGGUGAACGAAGACGGUUCUUACACGUACGGCUACGAGGCCGGUGACGGAUCAUUCAAGGUUGAGAGUCGCGAUGUUCUGGGCAACAUUAAGGGCACGUUCGGCUUCGUGGACGCCGACGGCGAGAUAAAGAGGGUCUCGUACUCCUCGUCGAACGGGACGGGCUUUAAAGCGACCACCGUGUCACCGUUGCAGGAACACGUGUCGGUCGUACAGAGUAUACCGCGCGUCAACCGCACCACGGCGACCACAAAGAAGCCGAGCAUCGUGUACGCCGCGACGACGACGUCGGAGGCGCCGACCAAGUCGUCGGUCGUGCAGUCGAUUCCACGUACGAGAAAAACGACCAGCACCGCCACUACGACGACCACAAGCACCACCACCACCACCACCGAGGCCCCGAAGACGAUAUUCGGGCAUUACCUGAAGGGCACGCCGAAGAGCAGGCCGCGUUUCAUCAUCAACGGCCAGCAGAGGCCGAUCAUCGCGGAGGACGUCGAAGACGAGGAUUCUCAGAUCAACCGACCCAGCACGGACGACAAGAGCGGCGUCUACCGGAGGAUCGUCUUCGCCAAGCGACCGAUCGAACACAGCCUCCCCCCAAUCUCCGAGGACUUUGUGGACAAAGAGGACGAGGCCAAGAUCACGACGGGAAACACUCUGAGAAGGCAGCUACACGACGAGACCACCAAGGCCAACUCCGCGGCGGACAACAACGACGACCACUCGGACGUUUACGGCGGCUCCUUGUCCACGACGCGCCCUUUGUUCACCACGUCCUCCCCAAACAGGGUCCUCCAAAGAAUCCCCGUGACUUCGCGGCCAAAGAUUUACGUGAACCGCGAUAACCUAAGCCCGACUCGAUUCGACAACUCCAAGUACGAGGAGCCUCGGGUCUUCGAGACGGAGACGAAGCCCAGUCAGGAGGAGCGCGCGUCGUCAGCUCAGCAGGUGCUGCUUCGCAGCGCCCCUAGACUGCCGGUCGAGAACCGGGACUACGUGAGGCAAAGCACCGAGCCCGUCUACGUGAGGCAGCAAGCCGAGCAGUACCUGCGAGAACUGCCGCCCAGGAUACUCGUGCCGUCCCAGCAGAGCAGCAUCGACGAGGACGCAGGCGUCUACAGAGCGAUACCGAUCGGCAGAAUCCUCUUCCGACCGGCCGCGAAUCAGCAGCCGGGUGCCGUCUAUUCGACCACGACCGAUGCCAACAUCCACUACCUGACGGAGAAUCCCGCCGUGCCCGACCAUGAGGACGAGGCGCGGAUCGCGAUGAACGCCAACUACGUGCGGCCGCGGCCUGUGAUGCGGCCGUUGCUCUACCCGGAGCCCGAGCAGAGGCGGCCGCUCCUGCGGCCGGUACCGAAUCCGGUAACUCAGUCCGACGACAGGGAGUACCAGCCGACCACCCCCGAGUACCCUUACCGCCCCAACGCCGGCCUCGCGUUACCACCCGAGCCGCCGAACCCGAUCGCGCCGCCUCUGAGCCGACGGGACUUCCAAAUCCUGCUGAGAAGGCUGCUGGUCAGCCAAUACGGAGUGCAGGCCUUGUCCUACCCGAAGAGCUACCUCGAGGACGCCCUGUACGAUCAGCAACCGUACUCUUCGUACCCGGCAAGCUACCAGACGCCAUUAACCAGGCCCGAGCUGUACGAUCAGCAGGUGCAGUAUGGCGAACGAGUGCCCCUGAGGCGACCGUUGUAUCCCAGAGCUCUGAACCCGCUGUAUCAGCAGUACGACGACUACCACGACGGCAGGUACUCCAAGAGAGUCUACAGGCAGAAGUUCUACACGCAGGACGUGAGCGACGACGGCGACGAGGUCCUGCCGGCGCCGAUCAGGGAGGCCUUGCUGCUGAGAAUGGUGAACCUAGCGAUCAACGCCGAACGAGCCGCGAUAAUACCGACCGCUUUGGUAACCAGCACCACGACGCCGCCGUCGAGUUACAGGAAGACCGGCCCGGUGAGGAGCGUGCAGAUCAUAACGACGGACGACGCCGAGGAGGAGAAGGACAUGAUGAGGAAGAAGAUGUAACGACGGCUGCGGCGGCUACGAGUAGUUAGGGAUUCCCGGCCGGCGCGGCGCGGCGAGUGUUUCGCUCGCCGCGAGUAAAUCGCGGGUUAAAAAAUUAUUGUAGAGUUCUCGUUUCUCGUCCCGGUUUACCGCGCUACCGUGUACGACGAGAGUCGACGAGUGCGACGAGAGCCGCAGAGUUGCAUCUCGCGCAUGUAUUCGCAUGUACGUUUUCUUUUUUCCUCUUUGUAUCUCUUAGAAAUUGGACGACCGUAUAUUGUCAUCAAAGCCGACGUACCGAGUCUCGUUGGGAAGGAGCCGAUUCCAAAGCUUGGAAGGUGGGAGAUGACCUCACACUUAAAUAUACGUGUGUGUUCCAUGAUUUAUUAGCGCUAAGUAUACCGGAACGCGCGCCGUCGCGAGCCCUUGUGGCAAUACACCUGUGACGUGACGAAGCGGCUUACGUCAACGAUAGCGACUUUUUGUCUUGCGGACAACGAACGGACGUACGUACGUCCGUCCGUCCGUCCGUCCG